AUGCAACGGUCCGUCCAGCUUGCACGCACUCUGCGCGCUACGUCGCUCCCCGUCUCUCGUAGAUUUAUCUCUGUACCUGCUCCUGAACCUGGAUUUCCGACUGGAGAGGAAUUUCUCGCCCGCAAAGAGGCCGUCAAGCACCAUGCGGCCGGUACAACAUCGCUGUGGAAGAAUAUCAGCAUCCUAGUCUGCCUUCCCGUCAUUGCAGGAGGUACCUACUGGGUCAUUGAGACUGAAAAGAAGCACGCCGCGCACAAGGCGGAACAUCCGCACGAGUAUAUUGACUACCCGUAUCUCAACCGUAGGCCUCGUCAGUUCCCUUGGGGUCCUAACAGUCUCUUCUUUAACCCUCAUGUUCAGAAGGACAUGUCACAGUCUUCAUAG